AUGAAAAGCGACGAUUUAGUUGUAGGUGAUAUAAUUGAAGUCAAUGAUGGUGAUCGCAUACCCGGUUUUCUUGCCACUGUGAUGAUAUGUUUAACAUUAACAGCAAAACGAUUGGCGAAAAAGAAUUGUUUGGUGAAAAAUUUGGAAGCUGUACAAACUCUCGGUUCGACAUCAAUCAUCUGUGCGGAUAAAAUCGGUACAUUGACACAAAAUCGAAUGACAAUUGCUCAUAUGUGGUUUGAUAAUCGGAUCGUCGAAGCGGAUACUGGUGAAUAUCAACAAAAUGCCACCUUUGACAAGAAUGCACCUGGUUGGUUGGCUCUGGCGCGUUGCGCUAUAUUGUGUAAUCGAGCUGAUUUCAAACAAGAUCCAGAAAAUUUAGCGCAGCCAGUGUUACAACGUCAAUGUUAUGGUAAUGAGUCCGAAGCAGCUUUACUUAAAUGUGUUGAACUAUCUACCAGCAAUGUGAUCAAAUUUCGUGAGAUCAAUCGAAAAGUGUGUGAAAUUCCAUUUAAUUCAACAAAUAAAUAUCAAGUAUCAAUUCAUGAAGUGCAUACUGAAAAUAAAAGUGAAGUCGAUUCUCACCCUUAUUUACUGGUAAUGAAAGGAGCUCCUGAACAAAUUCUUGAAAGAUGUUCAAGUAUAUUUAUCGAUGGCACAGAUGUUGAAAUUAACGACUGUAAGUUUAUUUUACUUGGUGAUAAAUAUUAG